AUCAGGAAGAAGGUCAAAAUCUCAGCGUUGUCUGCCGCAUACGGCGCUGCGCUGCACUAGAGCCGCCGGCUCCAGAGUCGUCCUUGCGCUCAGCAGUCUGCAGGUCGCCAAAGGUCUGAUGGAACCGCCGCGUGGCGUUGAUAUACUUGAAGAGCCGGUCCGUGCCUUCCUGCGUUGUCAGGAGAUAGUCGAGGCGAAGUCCGUUGCGUCGCAACGGGCCCAGGAAGACGCGGCGCUGCAAGGAGAACUUUGGGCAUUGCAGCACAAAAUGCACCACCGUCUCCUUGGCCGCGCCGCAACCUGAGCACCUCUGCGUGUCUGCCCGUCCUAUGGUAUGCAAGUGGUGGUUUAGUGGCACGUGUCCUGUACGCAGUUGAAUCAGCAGAGAAGUGUUGCGCCUUGGAAGGGGCGCAACAAGCUUCUUGAAGCGAUCUGAGGGUAAAGCAGGAUCAACUCGCCGGAGCCUCUGUCCCCUCGCCGAAAGGCUUCCCUGAGGAUCAGCCAGAAGCCUGCUGCGAGCAUCCAGGUAUGGCUUGAGUGGCACAGGACGAGGAAGUGGAGCUCAGGCACAGCCGGCGAAUCUCGCAGAGAGCGAGCGAAUACGGGACGCGUAUGCUGAUGGCACGGGCAGCCUGUCUGAG